ACUAAUGCACCAACUACAGAGGCUUCGACAACUGAAGUACCAACAACCAAAUCUUCUACUACUGAUAAAGCGACUACAGCAGCAUCAACUACUGAAGUACAAACAACAGAACCAUCCACUACCGACGCACUAACAACAGAAUCAUUUACUACUGAUGCACCUACAACCGAAUCAUCUACUACUGAUGCACCUACUACUGAGUCAUCUACUACUGAAGUACCAACAACUGAGUCAUCUACUACUGAUGCACUAACAACAGAAUCAUCUACUACUGAUGCACCAACAACAGAAUCAUCUACUACUGAUGCACCAACUACAGAGGCAUCGACAACUGAAGUACCAACAACUGAGUCAUCUACUACUGAUGCACUAACAACAAAAUCAUCUACUACUGAUGCACCAACAACAGAAUCAUCUACUACUAAUGCACCAACUACAGAGGCUUCGACAACUGAAGUACCAACAACCAAAUCUUCUACGACUGAUAAACCGACUACAGCAGCACUAACUACUGAAGUACAAACAACAGAACCAUCCACUACCGACACAUUAACAACAGAAUCAUCUACUACUGGUGCACCAACGACAGAAUCAUCUACUACUGAUGCACCAACUACAGAGGCAUCGACAACUGAAGUACCAACAACUGAGUCAUCUACUACUGAUGCACUAACAACAGAAUCAUCUACUACUGAUGCACCAACAACCGAAUCAUCUACUCCCAACGCACCAACAACAGAAUCAUCUACUACUGAUGCACCAACUACAGAGGCAUCGCCAACUGAAGUACCAACAACGGAAUCAUCUACGACUGAGGAACCAACUACAGCAGCAUCAACUACUGAAAUACAAACAACAGAACCAUCCACUACCGACGCACCAACAACAGAAUCAUCUACUACUAAUGCACCAACAACCGAAUCAUCUACUACUGAUAUACCAACUACAGAGGCAUCGACAACUAAAGUACCAACAACCGAAUCUUCUACGACUGAUAAACCGACUACAGCAGCAUCAACUACUGAAGUACAAACAACAGAACCAUCCACUACCGACGCACUAACAACAGAAUCAUCUACUACUGAUGCACCUACAACGGAAUCAUCUACUACUGAUGCACCUACUACUAAGUCAUCUACUACUGAUGCACCAACAACAGAAUCAUCUACUACUAAUGCACCAACUACAGAGGCUUCGACAACUGAAGUACCAACAACCAAAUCUUCUACGACUGAUAAAGCGACUACAGCAGCAUCAACUACUGAAGUACAAACAACAGAACCAUCCACUACCGACGCACUAACAACAGAAUCAUCUACUACUGAUGCACCAACUACAGAGGCAUCGACAACUGAAGUACCAACAACCGAAUCAUCUACGACUGAUGAACCAACUACAGCAGCAUCAACUACUGAAAUACAAACAACAGAAUCAUCCACUACCGAUGCACCAACAACAGGAUCAUCUACUACUGAUACAUUGACAACUAAAUCAUCUACUACUUUUGCACCUACCACAGAUGCGUCAACAACUGAAGUUCCAACAACAGAAUCAUCUACUACUUCAGUUCCAACAACACUUUCUUUGUCUACUGAUUCACUGACAACAGAAUUAUUGACUACUGUUGCUCCAACUACAAGUUUUG